AAAAUGGCAUCAAUCGAACCCAUGCAAAACAAGACAUGGGAUUUGUCGCUGUACGAAUUGCACCGUACGCCACAGGAAGCCAUUACGGACAAUACGGAGAUUGCCGUAUCGCCCCGCAGCCUGCACAGUGAACUGAUGUGCCCGAUCUGUUUGGACAUGCUGAAGAAAACGAUGACUACCAAGGAAUGUUUGCAUCGGUUCUGUUCGGACUGUAUCAUUACGGCACUGCGAUCUGGCAACAAGGAAUGUCCGACUUGUCGCAAGAAGCUCGUCUCCAAGCGUUCGCUGCGUCCGGAUCCAAACUUUGAUCUGCUCAUCUCAAAAAUCUACCCCAGCCGGGAUGAGUACGAGGCGCACCAGGAACGUGUGCUGGCCAAGUUUAACCAGAGCCACUCCCAGCAAGCGUUGGUACAUUCGAUCAAUGAAGGCAUCAAGCUACAGUCACAGAACCGACCGAACAGAAAGCAAAAGGGAGAAAAUGAUGGAUUGCCACCGUCGAAUGCUAGUUCGUCUUCGAACACAACCGCUGUACCUGCAGCAUCUACCACCACCACCACCACUACUACAACGGCAAACGGUACCAGUGAACCGGGCAAGGACAACCAAUCGACAGGUGGAAAUGCUACCACAGCUGGCGCCGGUAGCACAGGUUCAGCUGCUACCGGUGGUGGUGGUGGAGGAAGUGGCGGUUCGACGGCCGGAGGAGACCAAAUGCGCCAGUCCUCGAAUCCACCCUCGGUACGGAGCACCCCGUCGCCGGUCCCUUCGAAUAUAAGCUCGGCAAGCAAAGCGAAGCGUCCUCGUUCGGUAAUGACCUCCGAGCGAUCGGAAGAGUCGGAAAGCAACAGCGAAAUGGACAUGCGUACGGAAGAGAAUGAUUCCAACCUCGACACGGAAGGUGAAGGCAACUCCGAGCAUGGGAGCGACGAGAUAGAGCUCGUAUUUAAACCGCACCCGACGGAAAUGGCCGGCGAUAAUCCUUUGCUGAAAGCGUUGAAGGAAAACUCGAUCCGAUACAUCAAAACUACAUCGAAUGCUACCAUUGACCAUCUGAGCAAGUAUCUGGCCAUGCGCUUGACGCUAGAUUUAGAUCCGGCCCUACCGGAGACGUACCGGUUGCUAAACUUCUGCAUUUACAUAGCACAGCAACCGAACCAGCUGGUAGUGCUUAGCGGCAAUCAGACACUCCAGCAAGUGAAUGAAAAAUUUUGGAAGGUAGUCAACAAACCGUUGGAGAUGUACUACUCGUGGAAGAAAUCCUAGAACAUCAGCCGCAGCAGCGCAGUAAC